CACUCAUUCAACAUUCACAUUCACAACAUUCGAUCAAAGAGCUAAUUCGUAAAAUCACUCACAAUGGCAGCCAAUUCAGAGUUUAAGCCUGCCAUCAUCGUAGUUGAUUUCCAAGAGGAUUUCUGUCCCCCAAACGGCUCCCUCGCCGUCCCCCAAGGCCGCGCCAUCGCACCCACAAUCAACUCCCUCCUAUCCCUCCCCUUCACCAUCAAAAUCGCCACCCGCGACAACCACCCCCCCAACCACGUCUCCUUCGCCGAGAACCACCCCGGCGCCGUGGCCUUCCAAUCCCGCCACACAAUCAUCCACCCCACGGACCCGUCAAGGAGCGACACCACCUUACUGUGGCCCACGCACUGCGUCCAGGGCACCCCCGGGGCAGAACUCGUGCCCGAGCUGGACGUUUCCAAGGUCAAUGUCGUUGUCGACAAGGGCAUGAACCCAGACGUGGAGAUGUACUCUGCUUUUUGGGAUCCUUUCCGCGUGAGCGUCAGUUCGCUGGGCGAGGCGCUGAAGAAGGCGCAGGUGACGGACGUCUUUGUCGUUGGGCUGGCGGCCGAUUUCUGCGUCAAGGCCACGGCGGAGUCGGCCGUGGAAGAGGGUUACAGGACGUAUAUCGUUGAGGAAGGGACGAGGGCUGUGAUGAAAGAGGCCUGGGAGGCAGAAGGCAAAAGGGAAGUAGAGAAGAAGGGGAUCAAGUUUGUGAGUGCGGAUGGACAUGAGAUUCAGAGAGUUAAAGAUCUGGCUGAGGCAUAAUGUUGCGGCAUACCACGAUUUGUCUGUGUGUUUAUUUCCUUGUUUAGUGUUAGUCGAAUGGGAUACCUUUAUAGCUUGAACAACCAUAUUUUGUUUUUCUAGCAACUUGGAGACGCA